CCCGCCGUCUUCUCCCGCCAUUCCCAAAACCCCAUCCCAUCUCUCUCUCUCUCACCCCCCCCCCUCCUCUGGCGAUCCUACGCAGUUCGCCCUUGUUAAAAGGCCUUUUCUUGGCGAACAGAUAUGAUUAUCUCGUGUUCUGUUGGCUGAUUUGAUGGGAAGAUUGGGAGAUUAGCGUUUUGAUCUGCUGUUGUUUUGGCUGGAGUAUUCUGGAAUCGAGGCCUGGAGAAGAGGGAAAUAUAAGUUUCAGCUGCGAAAAUAAGGAGAAAGAAAAGCUCAGGAAGAAGUUAUCUUCCUGUAUUUCAUGUUCAAAGAGAAAGCUAUUUUUCGAUAAAAAGCAUCAUCAAGAUUCUAGAGAUGGAAACUGAACUGAUUGAUGGUGUAGCAGACUCCCAGUCUUCCAAAGCCUCUUGCUUGGAGAAAGUUAGGGUUUUGGAAGGUAACGAUAUUGGGGAUGGAAAAAUGGGUUCUGGAAUUAAGAUGGAGAAAGAGGAGAACGGUGAAAUUUUAGUUUCUUGCCAAGCUCCCAGCUCGGUGAAAGUUAGUGAUUCAAAAGGUCAAGAUGUUGGGCUCCUCAAACAUGGCAAUGGAAAAGACCUUGGUCCGGCUAACCCUUUUGCAGAUAGAGAAAUAGCAGAGAUUUCGUCCUCUUCUGAUAAAACCGAGGAGGAGGAUCCUGUUCUGGGCUGUCAAACCCCAACUGAAAGCAUAUUUGAUCCAUUUGCUCCUGGCCCAGAAGAUAUGAUGCUUGCACCGAAAAAGAAGAUAACAAGGGAAAGUAAAAUCCCUCUUUGCCGGCAGCUAAAAUUUGACUCGAGUGAAUACAUGGAGACUACAGAAGCCAAUGCCUAUGAAGAUGCUGCGGAGGAAGAUCGCCUCUUGGAAUGUAUCUGUAAGUCAUUUCUUGAUCUGAUUGUUUCAAGUGAGGUCAGGGAGAUAUCUGCUCAGAUAUUGCCAGUUGAAUGUAAUCUUUCGGAAGGUUCCAAGACACCAACUUCUUUACCUGUUCUAACUGGUGUUGCAGAGACAUGUCCAGCUGCACCUAUUAGGCCACCUGCUUUGAAGGCAAGGAGGCUUAGCCCAGAAAUAUGUCGAAAGCUGGAGUUUGGAGGUAACUUGGGCAGAACCAUGUAGCCUUUCUCAUGGAUUCCAUAGGUCAUGUAUUCCAUAGGUGGGGGAUGGAAGAAGGGUUCUGUUACAGAGUUCAUUUGGCUGUUAAUGUAAAAAGCUUUUUUGGAUGCUGGAUCUAAGUGUCUGGUGAAAUCAAGUGCCAGUUCAGUGUUGGUAGAUUGUUGCUAUACCUGUCUCUUGCAGAGGUGCUCUGCCUGGAGGAUUGUCAUUUCCUGGCUGAAGCUUUCAAAUUUUAUCUGCUUUGGAGUAUCUGUGUUGCUUUAUUUUGUCGGCUAAUGCCAGGAGCAGCACAUCUGCUAUUGUGUCCAUAGUGUUGGUCUUGUUGACUUUAACCAGGCUUUCAAGUCAUAGAUGUGGCAUAAUGUGUAGUUGAAAUUAUAGAUGUCUUUUGCUUUCACCUGUAAAGCAUCCAAAUGUUACAACUCUUUUUAGUGUUUAUGAGUAUAGUUUUGUGUUUAUGAU